UGAAGCUCAACCCCACCAAUAGCCGCCCCCUCCUUCUCUACAUACAGAUGUGCAGUUUAAAAGCUUGUGUCAGGCCUCAGGAAUACACACAGAGGAUUGGAGAGGAGGUCUGAAGCCUUACCACUGCUCCCUCUCUCUCGCUCUCUCGCUCUCUCUGCCACAUUAAACUGAGCCAAAUGAAAACAAUCUGCUAGUUAAAUACCCAGCUGGCUCUGCUCAGACUCCAGACCCAAGGAGAAGGAGAAGAAGAAGAAGGAGGAAGGAGGGGGAGGAGGGAAGCUCUCCUGACAGCACAAAAAACUUUUUCCAGAGGGGUUUUUUUUUUGGCAAGAAAAUCUGAAGCAGCAAGCAGCAGCACUUCAGACAAAGAGGCUGAAAAUAAGAAAAGAUUGUUUUCAUCCUGAAGGAUCUCCUUCACUUCUCCAGCUCUCCCCACAGAGGAAAAACUUUCAUCUUUUACUACAGCAGCUUGGAAUUGUUUCUUGUGCAACUAUGAGGAACUCUUUGGUUCUUCUCCUGACCUUGACGUCUCUUGUCCUGCUGUGGUGCCGCUGCUGCUACUCGACCCCCCUUGCCUACACCUUGACAUCUGCAGAGCAGAGCGGGGAUGAUGAGUCUGAGAGCCCCACCUUCAGCGCCCACACCACUCUGAGUACCAUCAGCAUCUCCACCAUCAGCAUUUCCACCCCAAAGACCUCCAACGGCACCCGAAUCCCGGUCAAGCCCUUCAACCUCCAGCUGAUCGUGGACUUCCUGCGGGAGAACAUGCUGCUGAUCGUCGUGGUGGCCUCUCUGCUGGCCGUCAUCAUCUUCAUUGCGUGCUGUGCCUCCAUCCUUCGGCACAAGCGCAAAGGCAACGCCUACUACCCUUCGUCCUUCCCUGCGAAGAAAUACGUGGACGAGAAAGACAUGUCAGGAGGCGGUAGGAGCUUCAACGAGAUCCCAGCCAAGCCUCCCAGCUCCCAGCAAGAGGAGCAAGUGGACUCCACCAAGCAGCUCCAAGCCGACAUCAAAGCAGCCGCCCAGAAUCUGAGAUCACCCUCCAAGACCCCACUGUGCGAGCAAGAAACCAAACCCACCGAACAGAAGCCAGCUGCAGAACAGAAACCCCAGCAGGCCCCCCCUGCCUCUCAAGAACCAGCCUGCGAGCCCCACAAUACUUCUCCUCCAGAACCCUCCAGUCAGCCUCUGGAUCCUGCUUCUCAGCAGCCUCCCAGCCAACCCCAGAUUCCUGCCAAUACAGAGCCAGAGCAAAGCCCCAAUCAACCCCAAGACUGCUCCAACCAGACGGUAGACUCAACCCCUCCAAAACCAAAGGAAGAGCCCCCUGCUCCAGCCCAGGCACUCAAUCAGGAUGACGCUCAGGCCAGCCCUACCAAUCAGACAGCUCAGGAGGCGGUGAAGCCCGCCCCCCAGGAGACGCAAGACACCCCCCCUGCUGAUCAGCAGCCUGCUGUUGCCCCAAGCGACCAAACACAAAGUACUGAAACCCUGACACCCCAAACUAUUUGCGGGGAGACCACAGCAUUUUAAAAAGGGACAACCGGUAGUCUUUCACAGCUUUCAAAGGCCUUGAACGCUAAAACAUCUCCACUGCAAAGCAAAUAAGAGGGACAUAUUCUGGACAGACCUGUAUCAUUAUAUUUUCCCCAUCAAGGUCAUGAUUUAAAUGUCUUUUUAAUAUUUUCCACUGUAAAGAUCAUAUCCCGUUAUGCAAGGCUAUGGAAGGAAGACGAGACCCGUUUGCAGUUGUCUGUCACACAUUGUAUUAAAUUAAAAGCUAAUACCAAAACCUAGAAAAGCCAAUUCUAAUGAAAAUACUGUGGCUGGCAGUGCCGGCCCUCUUGUACAAAUCAGGAUGCAUUAGAUUGCUUUUGAUGAUCCUUUUUUUUUCUUUCUUCAUUGUUACAUAGAAGAACAUAUCUGGCAUUAUCAUUAGCAUUUCUUAUACAUGGCAAGCCUGUAAAAGUUGCUUGAUUUUAUUCUUUAUUAGACAAGUAGAUCAGUAUUAUAUUUAAUUGUCGACAAAACUUUAAACUAAGUGCCUUCUGUAUAUUAGUGGAAGCGAGCAUGAAUAGUGCUGUUCCGAUGGAUAUCUGUAAAGUUUGAAUGUGUACCCAUGCUAAAUUAUGUUAGACACUAAUUCUAACCCUUGCCUGUUACUGAUUUGCUCAUUUCAGUACAGUCUGAUUCAACAGGACUGCACUGUAAGAAAGACAAACCGAUUGAUGUAAGUGGUGUGGAACUUGCUUAGCAGCAGUAUUAUAGAUAAACACCAUGAAAUGUGCUUUGGGAUCGUGAAGGCAACAAUUACUUAUGACUUCUGUGAAAAAGAUUACAAGCAGUACAAACAAAAAUGUUUCACUCAAAACUCAAAUUCCAACCAAAAAACAUUUAACUUUGUUUUAUGGCGGCGUUCCAUCAGUAUUAAUUGUUUUUGUUAUUUUAUAAUGUUUUUAUUGUAUUUUAUCAUUUUGUAAUAAGUGUAACCCUGUUCUGUCUCCUGGAAUGUUUUUGUAUUUUCAGAAUCAUAUGUCAUUUGUGAAUGAAGCAGGUUGUCUGUCUCCUUUUUCAAAAAUAUUUUCUGGACUAAGAGAAAUAAAACUUUUUGUUGAUUACAA